AUGCAGAAUGAUGAGGAAGGCGCCUACCUCAACGCCCAGCUCCUGCUCACCGCCUCCUCCACGGCCACCAUGGUGACGGUGACCACGCGCGGCGGUGCCUUCACCAGCACCAUCUCCCUCGGCACCGGCGACGCGGUUCCUCUCCGCCUCCCCGGCAACGUGGAGCUGGUGGGCACCCAGCUCUCGGAUAAAGCCGUCUUGAUCCAGGCCACCAAAGACAUCUCUGUGGUGGCCACCAGCUCCAAGAGGCUCACGACCGGUGCCACCGUGGUCCUACCGGUGGAGAUGUUGGGCCGGAGGUAUUACGCGGUGACACCGGAAGGCACUGGGAGAGAUGGGCUCAAGGAGCUGGUGGUGGUGGCCGGAAGGACCUCGACCACCGUCACCAUCAAAGCCAAGGGGAGGUUCUACUACCGAGGGAGGAAUUACUCCCCUGGGAGCAUCCUUCGCGUCUCCUUGGGUCCCUACCACAGCUUCCAGCUCCAAAGUCGCUCCGAUCUCUCCGGCACCGAGGUCACAUCGGACCACCCCGUGGCGGUCCUCAGUGGCCACAGCUGUGUCAAGGUCCACACGGGAUGCGACCACGCGGUGGAGCAGCUUCUGCCCGUCGAUGGAUGGGGCAAGGUCUUCGUCAUCCCUCCCAGCCCGGUGCAGAAGGACAUGGACUUGGCCUACGUGGUGGCAGCGGAGAGGACCUCCCUUAGCUACAGUAGGGGUAACGCGGUUGCCACCGAGGUCCUGGUGGCCGGGCAGGUCCGUAAGGUCAAGGUGGGCCCAAGGUCUCCCCUUCAUCUCAAUGCUUCAGCUGGGGUUCAGGUGGUUUUCUUCUUCACCGGCUCCAAGAAGGGCUCCAUGAAGCAAGACCCCUUCAUGGUCAACAUCCAACCCGUGCCCACCUACUGCAAGUCCUACCAGGUCAUCAGCAUGGCCGGCUAUGAGAACCACAUUGUCCUCAUGGCCCCCAACAUGGACACCAGCACCGUAACACUCAACCAGAGGAUGGAGAGGAUCAUACCCUGGCAAAGCAUCCCCGGCACGGACUUCUCCUGGGCCACCAUCACCAUGACCAAGGCAGGGGAGAUCCAGAGUGUGCAGCACCCGAGGACACCUUUUGGGAUCCUGGUCUUUGGCUUCCAGAACUAUGCUGGUUAUGGCUUCAGUGGUCUUUGUGCCACCAGUUCUCCUCCUCUUUCAUGCCAAGACCUGGCCUGCAAGGAGAAGUGUGAGGUGGUGGAUGGGCAACCUAAAUGCGUCCAAGAGACCUUCUCAACCUGCUGGGCCACUGGCGAUCCUCACUAUAGGACCUUUGAUGGGAAACCCUUUGACUUCAUGGGCACCUGCACCUACACCUUGACCAAGACCUGUGACCCAGACCCAACCAUGCCCAUCUUCAGCAUUGAGGCCAAAAACGAGCACCGGGGCAACCUGAAGGUCUCCUAUGUUGGUUCCAUCACCAUCCGUGUCUAUGGUGUGACCAUUGUGGUGGUCAGGUCGGAGAACGGCAUGGUGAGGGUCAAUAACCACCGGUCCCACCUCCCCAUCACCCUCGCCGAUGGUAAGCUCCACCUACGACAAAGGGGCCGGUCCAUGCUGCUUCAAACAGCCUUCAAGCUGAAGGUCCUCUAUGACUGGGACGCCCGCGUAGUGCUGAAGCUCCCCAGUGUCCUCGCUGGCAAAGUGUGUGGCUUGUGUGGCAACGCCAAUGGUGACCCCCAAGACGAUGCCCUCAAACCUGACGGCGACGUGGCCCAGGACGCGGUGGAGCUGGGGGCAAGCUGGAAGGUGGCCAAUGAAAGCCAUCGUUGCUGGGACAACUGCAGUGGGGCCUGUGAGCGGUGUCAACAGGACGAGGUGGCCAGGUACCAGGAGGAGACAUGGUGUGGGAUGAUGACCCAACGGAUGGGGCCCUUCUGGAGGUGCCACGCCACCAUCAACCCCAAGGUCUACGUGGACAACUGCAUCUAUGACCUGUGUGUCAACGAUGGCCUCCACACCAUGCUGUGCCAAGCCCUCGAAGCCUAUGCAGAUAGCUGCCAAGAGGAAGGGGUCACCAUUGAGGACUGGAGGACACCGGCACGGUGCCCCCUGCCCUGCCCCAAGAACAGCAACUACACUGCGUGCGGCACCUCCUGCCCCACCACCUGCAACCCGGCUGCGAUGCCACCCACCUGUGACCCCACGGCCUGCGUGGAGACCUGCGAGUGCCAGGAGGGCUUCGUGCUGGACCUCAACGAGUGCAUCCCCCAAGACAAGUGUGGUUGCGUCUUUGAGGGCCUCCUCCAUGGCCCCCAUGAGGUGUUUUGGGGUGACACCAACUGCACCAAGCGGUGCCGCUGUGACCCGGAGCUCCGAAGGCCCCUGUGUCAAUGGUCCAGCUGCCGCCAUGGAGAAGAGUGCCGGGUGGAAGAGGGCAUCCAAGACUGUUACCCCAAGAGCUAUGGGACCUGCUCUGCUGUUGGGGCCACCCAUCUCGAGACCUUCGAUGGUGAGAGCUUCACCUUCCAAGGGUCCUGCCUCUACCAGCUCGCUGGGUUGUGUGAGGCGAGCCAGGAGCUGGUGGACUUCCAAGUGUUGGUACAGAAUGGCCACGAAGAGGACGCGUUGUCCUCCAUCGCUCUUGUGAUGGUCGAAGUCUACGGCAAGACCAUUGCGGUCAAGCGGGAGCAUCCUGGCAAAGUCAUGAUCAACGACCGCUUGGUCAACCUCCCCUACCACCACCGAGAGCAGAAGAUCUCCAUCUCCAGAGGUGGCCAAGCAGCCGUGGUGGAGACCGACUUCGGCCUCACGGUCACCUACGAUUGGCAAAGCCAAGUCCUGGUCUCAGUGCCCAGCACUUACUCCAACGCCUUGUGUGGCCUCUGUGGCAAUUACAAUGGCAACAGGGAGGAUGAGAUGAUGAUGAUGGCGAAGAACGACAGCGCGACCUCCAGCCCAGACACCUCUGGAGACCACUGGAAGGUGAUGGACAUCCCGGGUUGCAUGGAGCUAUCCAACAUGGAAUGUCCCCAAAGGGGACAACAGCAAGGGGAGGAAGACUCCGAGAUGGGUUGUGGGCUCCUCCACCAAGUCGAGGGACCUUUCGGAGCUUGCCAUGCUCAUGUAGAUGCCACCAAGUACUUCCAAAGCUGUGUCCAUGAUUCCUGCCUCUUCCCGCAUCGGGAGGAGGUGGCAUGUCCCAUCCUUGCCCGCUAUGCUGCUGCCUGCCAAGCUGCUGGCGUCCCCAUUGGGAUGUGGAGGACAGAGGACUUCUGCAAUAUCUCCUGUCCUCCACGAAGCCACUAUGAGCUCUGCUCCGAGGCCUGCUCCCAGACCUGCAGCUCCAUCCACACCUCCAGAAGAUGCUCCAUGAAGGCCCAAUGCCAUGAGGGUUGCGUCUGCGACCAAGGCUUCGUGCUCAGCGGCGAUGAGUGCGUCCCCAUGUCCCAGUGUGGUUGCCACCAUCAGGACUUCUACUACAAGGCCAACGAGACCUUCUACCCCUCCACGCAGGAGAAGUGUCACUGCCAAGCCGGUGGCACCGUGGACUGCCAGAAGACCUCUUGUCCUGGCGACGGGGAAGGAGAACUCAUCGAUGGGGUCUUCCAAUGCCCAUCUACUGCACCAGGGACCUGCGUGGCCACCGGUGACCGCAGCUAUGUGUCCUUUGAUGGGGUGGCUUUCAACAUCUCCAGUACCUGCUCCUAUGUCCUCACUGAGACCUGCUCCGGUGACCUGGACUCCUUCGUGGUGAAGGUCCAGAAGGAUGCUCGGCAGAAGAAGAAGGCCUCCAGCAUCCAAACGUUGACCAUUGAAGUCCAUGGGCUCACACUGACCCUGAUGCAAGGCAGGAGGAGUGUCCUGGUGGACUCCAUAUCCCACCACCUCCCGGCCAUCCUAAGCCAUGGGCAGGUUGAGGUCCACCAGCACGGGAUGGGCAUCCUGCUCCAGACUGACUUUGGCCUCCUCGUCCGCUACGACCUCCUCCACCACGUCAUGGUCACAGUGCCCCCAGGCUACCAAGGCCACCUCUGUGGGCUCUGUGGCAACUACAAUGGCCAGGAAGACGAUGACCUUCUCCUCCCUGAUGGCCACCAGGCUCCCAACACCACGGUCUUCGGCUCUGCAUGGAAGACCCUUGAUGCACCUUGCGUUGACCAUUGCCCUGAGGACCGUUGCCCCACCUGCACGGAGGAGAAGAUGGUGGUCCUCCAGAAACCCAAGUAUUGUGGCCUCCUGAUGCUCCCAAAGGGACCUUUUGCCUCCUGCCACCACCUCAUUGACCCAGACCCGUACCUCCAAGCUUGUCUCCAUGACGUUUGCCUUGCUGAGGGGGACACCAGUGUCCUCUGUAGGAGCAUCCAGAGCUACUCCAUCGCUUGCCAAGAUGCUGGGGUCACCAUUGAGGCUUGGAGAAGACCAGCCUUGUGCCCCCUCAAGUGCCCAGCCAACAGCAGCUACUCCCUUUGCACCAAGCUCUGCACCCAGAGCUGCUCAAGGCUUGAAGAUGCCUCCAGAUGUCCCCAAGGCUGCAUGGAAGGGUGUCAAUGCGACCAUGGGUACGUCUCCGAUGGCCAUGACUGCGUCCCUGAGGAGCACUGCGGAUGCUUUGUGGAUGGGGAGUACUACAGGCCCCACGAGGUGGUCCUGAAGGAGACCUGCCAACAGCGUUGUACCUGUGUCCCUGGCCAAGGCUUGACCUGUAGCAAUCACAGCUGCACCGAGGAUGAGGCCUGUGAGGUCAAGGAUGGGAUCAUGGGGUGCAUCAACCAAAACCCUUGCAAAGCCCUUCGGUGCCGACCCAAGGAAAGAUGCAAGUUGAAGGAUGGCCAAGCCAAGUGUGUCCCAUCCAUGGUUGCAACCUGCUGGGCUUGGGGAGAUCCCCAUUACCACACCUUUGAUGGGCUGGACUUUGACUUCCAAGGGACCUGCACCUACACCAUGGUGGAAUCCUGUGGGAAUGACACCUCCUUGGUGCCCUUCAAGGUGGAGAGCAAGAACGAUGUCCGUGGGGGGGUGAAAUCCAUCUCCUACGUCAGCUUGGUCAACGUCAAGGUCUAUGGUCAACGCAUCUCCAUCCACCAGAAGGAAGUGGGCAAAGUCAGGCUGGACGGCGUCGCCACCCUCCUCCCGGUCACCCUGGAGACCAACAAGCUCCGGCUCUUCCAGAGCGGCCUCAGCGCCGUGGUGGAGACCGACUUUGGCCUGAGGGUCACGUACGACUGGAACUGGCGCCUCCUCAUUGACCUCCCCAGCAGCUUCUACAGCCACACUUGCGGCCUCUGCGGCAACUUCAACCUCAAGCCAGAAGACGACGUCCCCCAGGGCGGCACCAACCUCACCUCCGUGGUGGCCUGGGCCCAAGCUUGGAAGGUCCUCGAUGAGCACGAGGACGACCCGUUCUGUUGGCAUUACUGCGAAGGAGCGUGCCCGCUGUGCGAGGAGGAGAAGAGGGAGCUUUACGGUGGCAACCAAUACUGUGGCCUCAUCAAGAAGAGCUUCCAAGGGCCCUUCAAAGCUUGCCACGACGUGGUCCCGCCGCAGGACUUCUACCGCAACUGCCUCUAUGACGUGUGCAUGGGCGAUGGGGCCAAGCAGAUCUUCUGCCCCGUGGUGGAGGCCUAUGCGUCCAUCUGCAAGAAGCAUGGGGCCACCGUGCACGACUGGAGGACACCAUCGGGUUGCCCCUUACCCUGCCCUGAGAACAGCCACUACGACCCUUGCGGCACCUCCUGCCCGGCCACGUGUGCCGACCAAGACGCUCCCACCGCGUGCACCCAACCGUGCGUGGAGACCUGCGCUUGCGACCGGGGCUACGUCCUCAGCGGUGGCCAAUGCGUGCCCUUGGCCAGCUGUGGUUGCACCCACGACGGACGCUACCACCCCCCCGGUGAGGAGUUCUGGGCCGAUGAGCGCUGCAGCGUCCGGUGCCGCUGCGACCCGGCGUUGGCCAUGGUGGUGUGCGAGGAGACGGCCUGCAAGCCGAGCGAGACCUGCUCCCUGGUCAAGGGGGUGAGGAGGUGCGUGGCCAAGAGCAGGUCCGUCUGCGUGGCCACCGGUGACCCCCAUUACACCACCUUCGAUGGGCGCCGCUACGACUUCAUGGGGACCUGCACCUACCGCUUGGUCGCCCUCUGCUCCGAGGACCCGACCCUCGUCCCCUUCGCCGUCACCGUGGAGAACAACAACAGGGGCAGCCCCGUGGUCUCCUAUACCAAGGAGGUCACCUUGGAGGUCUACAACAUGAGCCUCGGCCUCAGCCAGGAGCACCCCAAGAAGGUCAAGGUCAACGGCGUCGUGGUGGAGCUCCCCUUCCAGCACACCGAGAAGCUCCAGGCCCACCUCAGCGGCUUCCAUGGCUUCAUCACCACUGACUUCGGCCUCACCAUCACUUUCGAUUGGCGCAGCUACGCCAGGGUCUUCCUCCCCACCUCCUACUCCAGCGCCGUCUGCGGCCUCUGCGGCAACGCCAACGGUGACCCCAAGGACGACUUGGCUCUGCCCAACGGGCACAUGGCCGCCAACGAGACCCACUUUGGGGAUGCUUGGAAGGUGGCCCCCGGCCCCGGGUGCCAACCGGGGAGCACCGAAGGGUUCCUGGGUUGCACCAAGGGGGAGAAACGCGUCUACAGUGGGGACAAGCACUGUGGCCUCCUGGUGAAGAAGAGGGGGCCUCUGGCCCCUUGCCACGGCACCAUUGACCCGGCGCCCUACUGGGAUGACUGCCUCUAUGACGCCUGCGUCUAUGAAGGCCACCAAGAAGCUGUUUGCAGCUCCAUCGGCGCCUACGUGACCGCCUGUCAGAGCCAAGGUGUCCACAUCGGACCGUGGCGCACGGCGGCCUUCUGCAGUCCCGUCUGCCCCCCCAACCAACACUAUGAGCUCUGCGGUCCCCCUUGCCCGGCCACGUGCACCGGGGGCCAAGAAGCCUGCGAGGAGCCCUCCCCAUGCACCGAAGGCUGCUUCUGCGACCCCGGCUUCCUCCUGAGCGGGCCCCACUGCGUCCCCUUGUCCCAGUGCGGCUGCUGGCACCACGGGCGCUACUACAGGCACGGAGAGGACUUCAUGGCGCAGCCCCAGUGCAGCCAACGCUGCCGGUGCCGAGCAGGCGGCGCGGUCGAGUGCUGGCCCGAGGCAUGUGGGGCCGACGAAGUCUGCGAGGUCCAGGACGGGCUCUUGGGCUGCUACCCCGGUGCUUGCGGGCGCUGCGAGGUGCUCGGUGGCACCUUCAGCACCUUCGAUGGCCACCACCUGGCCCUGGGUGCCGACUGCACCGGCGCCAUGGUGGAGGUGGACGCCACGGAGCCAAUGGGGGCCUUCAAGGUGGAGGUGGCCAAGGAAGGAGAUGGCAUCCGGAGCGUGGUGGUCACCGUGCAUGGAGUCACCGUGGCCAUGGUUGGGGGCAGGCAGUGGGAGGUGGUGGUAGACGGCCUCCAGCACCUCCUGCCCCUGGUCCUGGCUGACGGGGCCGUCACCGUGAGCCAGGAGGGCACCCACCGGGUGCUCUUGACCCAAGGGGGCCCCAAGGUCCUCUUUGAUGGGAUCUCCUACGUCCUCGUCACCCUGCCCAGCUCCUACCACCAGCGACCCCAUGGCCUCUGCGGUGACUUCAAUGGGGACCCCCAUAACGAUGAACCCCAAGAGGACUCCAAUUCAACUGCCUGUACCCCAGGCUUGCUCCCCACUGCCUGCCCCAUGGAUGAACUGGGCCCCUGUGGGGUGCUCCAGGAGGCAUCAGGCCCUUUCUCAGGGUGCCAUGGGGUGGUGGAACCCCAUAAGUACGUGAUUGGGUGCAUGCAGGAGCAAUGCAAGGAGCCGGGGGGGGAGGCCUUGUGUAGGAGCUUCCAGGUCUACGCUGCUGCUUGCCAAGCUGCUGGUGGGGACCUCAAGGAUUGGAGGGAUGCAGCCAAAUGCCCCCUCUCCUGCCCCCCCCACAGCCACUACUCCCCCUGCACCCGGAGCUGCCCCCUCACCUGCGCCGCCAUCUCCGGGACCCCCCCCUGCACCCGGAGGUGCUUCGAGGGCUGCGAGUGCGACCGGGGCUUCCUCUUCAGCGGCGCCCGAUGCGUCCCCAUGGGCUCCUGUGGGUGCCUGCACCGCGGCCGCUACUUCCAGAUCGCCGAGACCAUCAGGUCCCCAGACUGCACCGAGACCUGCACGUGCCGGGGCGCCGGUGCCCUCCAGUGCCGACCUUCUCCAUGUCCCCUUGGCCACGUCUGUGGUCACCUCAAUGGGGCCCGGGCCUGCGUGGAGCAACCCGGGCGCUGCAGCUUGGCCCCGGCCACUGCCUCCGUGUCCUUCGAUGGGGCAACUGGCACCACCAUGGCCAAUGGGGUCUAUGUGGUGGCCACAUUGUGCGACCCUCGAGGCUCGCCAUGGUUCCGGCUCUUGGCUGAGGUUGGAGAGGACCAAGAGAGACCAUCGGUGCUCACUCUUCACCUCUUCAGCAAUAGGGCUUUCAUCACCAUCAAGAGGGAGAAGAAGGUCUGGGUCAAUGGGGUCCCAGCCACCACCCCUAUGGAAGUCUAUGGGGGGCUGAACAUCACCGAGACCCAUGGAACCAUCCGGAUCAGCCAAGCCUCAUUGGACAUUGAGCUCAACCCCAAUGGGGAGGCCACGGUGACGGCAGCCCAAGGCCUCCAUGGGAAGCUCUGUGGGAUCUGUGGGAAUCACGACGGGAACGCCGCCAAUGACCUCCAAGGACCCGAUGGGACCUUGGUUGGGGAUAUGGAGGCCAUGGCCAAGGCAUGGAGAGCCCCGGACUUCACCCAUUGCUGCAAUUAG